AUGUCCCACCUCGGGAGUCCUAUCCUUACUAAGCUGUCCUUUGACUCUGCCCAUUGUCAGAUAAUAUUUUGGUAUCAGUUGUCUCAGGAUUCCCAGCUCUCUGUCUUUAAGAGAACCGUCCUUGGUGAGGAUUUGCAAAAACUAGGUGACAUGACCGGUUUGUCCAAGAGGCAGUGGACUAAAGCAAAUAUUCUUAUAGAAAGCAAACCUGAGGAAAUGUCACCACCUUUCCAGAUCAUUUUACAAGCCACUGUUCUAUCAGAGAAUGCCACUGUUGCUAUAGAUGACAUCAGUAUAACAAUGGAAUGUGGUAUUGCAUAUAAAUCACUUUCAGAUACCAGCCAAGAAAGCAAAGGGGAAGCAAACUUUACAACCACUGAAUCUUCAUCCCUUUAUUGUCCACGGGGUUAUUUACCCUGUGAAGAUGGAGCCUGUAUUUCAUCUGACAAGUUUUGUGAUUUCACACCUGACUGCUCAAAUGGGGAUGAUGAAGCCAAAUGCUCUGCUAAAUGUGACUUUGAAACAGACAGCUGUGGCUGGUUUGAGACUCUUAGUGCAGAUGGAUUUGACUGGGUAAGAAGCUCCAGAAGUGCACUUCCAUCUGCUUUUCAGAAACAAGCCCCACCAGAGGAUCAUACCUAUAACAAAUCCGAAGGUCAUUUUAUGUUUGUUCUGAGAAACAGCAGCAGCAUUUCACAGGUUGCUCAAAUACGAAGCCCCAAGUUCAACCAGGCUGGAUCAGGUUGCACAUUGUCCUUCUGGUAUUACAAUUAUGGACAGUCAGUUGGAGCAGCAGAGAUGCAAUUACAUGUUGAUGGACUGAAAAACGCUACUGUCCUCUGGGGGAUAUACUAUAAUCAAGGAAAGCAGUGGUUAAAGGCUUUCAUUCAGCUCGGCCGCCUCCCAUGGCCCUUCCAAUUAUCACUGUAUAAAGUCAGCCUUGGAUUUUAUGAUGGUGUCUCAGCAAUUGAUGAUAUACAUUUCGAGAACUGUGCUCUUCCACCUCCAGCAGUAAGCUGUGAAGGUCCUGAUCGUUUCUGGUGCCGAGACACAAAGGCUUGCAUCGACAGUUUAUUGGUGUGUGAUCUCGUGGAUAAUUGUGGGGAUGGAUCUGAUGAGGAAAAUUGCAAACCUGAGCUACAGUGUAACUUUGAAAAUGGGCUCUGCAACUGGAACCAAGACAUGGAUGAUGACUUUGACUGGACCAGAAACCAGGGCCCAACUUCCACAUUUAACACAGGACCAAUAAAGGAUCAUACUUUGGGCACAGUCAAGGGGCAUUAUCUCUACAUAGAAUCCUCAGAACCGCAAGUGUUCCAAAAUAGAGCAGUUUUGCUGAGUCCAAUCUUUAAUGGCACUUCCACUCAUGGCAAUAAAAGCUGCAUUUUCCGCUUUCAUUAUCAUAUGUUUGGAAAACACAUUUAUAGGCUGUCCAUCUCCUGGAGAAUUUUGAGCAACUCAAAGGGUCAUCUGCUGUGGCAGAAGUUUGGAAAUCAAGGCAACAGAUGGAUAAGGCAAACACUCAACAUUACAAGUGCUAAGCCUUUUCAGAUCUUGGUGGAAGGUACUGUGGGAGAUGGUUUCUGUGGAGACAUUGGAAUUGAUGACUUGUCCUUUACAGACUGUACCCUUUACAAUGGAAAUUUGCCAACUAUCUCAUCAACACCCUCAGGAACUUCAGUUCCUGCAACAGUCCCUACGAACAAUUGCACAGAGAAGGAAUUUGUCUGUAGAGAAACGGGCCACUGCAUCCAGAUGAUCCAGAGAUGUGAUUUCAGACCUGACUGCUCUGAUAAGUCUGAUGAGUCCUCUUGUGCUGUGGAAGUUUGUGAUUUUGAAGGUGAAAACCUAUGUGAAUGGUAUCAACCAGUAACAGAAGUGGCAGCAGCAACUGUUUCAGUCCAUUCCACUAAUGCAUUCCAUUGGGGCCUUGGAAAUGGAGCAACCAUACAUCCUGGGGAAGAAAACCACAGGCCAUCAACUGAUCACACAAUGGUUACUAAAGAAGGCUGGUAUCUGUAUGCAGACAGUUCAAAUGGAGAAUUUGGUCAUACUGCUGACAUUGCCACUCCAGUCAUUUCGCUCACUGGACCCAAAUGCAAACUGGUAUUUUGGAACCAUAUGAAUGGUGCAACAGUGGGUUCUCUGCAGGUACUCAGUAAAAUUGGUGAUGUAACUUCUGUCCUGUGGGUUCAAAGUGGCUCCCAAGGCGCUCAGUGGAACAGAGCAGAAGUGUUCUUAGGAAUUCGCUCUGAUUUUCAGAUUAUUUUCAGGGCAAAACGUGGUGUCAGUUAUGUGGGAGAUGUGGCAGUGGAUGAUAUUUCCUUUGAAGAUUGUUCCCCUUUGCUGAUCCAAGACAGACCCUGCACUUCUGAAGAAUUCACAUGUGCCAAUAAGUAUUGCAUCCCAAAGGAUAAUCUGUGUGAUUUUGUGAAUGACUGCGCUGAUAACUCAGAUGAGAGCCCUAACAUUUGCAGUACAUCCAUGGGGCGCUGUGAUUUUGAAUUUGAUCUUUGUGCCUGGGAGCAGGAUCAGAAUGAAGACUUUGAUUGGAAUCUCAGAACUGGCAGCAUCUUGAAAUCUGGCCCUGGACCAGCUGCUGAUCAUACCUUGCAAGGGCCAUCUGGUCAUUACAUCUUCAUAAAGAGCUCGUUCCCUCAGUUGCCAGAGCAGAAGGCCAGGAUUUUCAGUCCCAGGCUAAGCAGAAGAAGCAAAAACUGCAAGAUAUUAUUUUAUUACCAUAUGUAUGGCGUGAACAUUGGAUCAUUAACCAUCUAUCAGGUGACAGCAUCAAACCAAGAAAAAGUCCUACUCCACCUAACUGGAAACCAGGGAAACUUCUGGCAGAGAAAACUGUUGCUUCUGGAUGCAGAUGAGGACUUUCAGAUCACCUUUGAAGGGCAAGUUGGGAAAGGAUACAGGAGCAACAUAGCACUUGAUGACAUCACGUUCACGAAGGAAUGUUUGCCAUCACCUGACUUAUCAGCAGAACCCACAGCACUACCUUCAACAGGCUCCUGCUCAGAUGGCUAUUGGGAAUGUCAGAACGGCAAGUGUUACAGACCAGAACAAAGCUGCGAUUUUGUAGAUGACUGCGGGGAUAAUACCGAUGAGGAUGAAUGCGGUACUUCCUGCACAUUUGAGAAAGGCAGAUGUGGCUGGCAAAAUUCCCUAGCUGACAACUUUGACUGGGUUCUGGGAGUCGGCUCGCCUCAAAGUCUCAGACCUCCCAGGGACCACACACUUGGAAAUGGAAUUGGAGCAUUCCUAUAUCUUGAAGCUACACCAAUAGGCCUAAGAGGUGAAAAAGCCCAUGUGAAGAGCUCCAGGUGGAAAGAGUCGGGCGCAGCUUGUAUGAUGAGUUUUUGGUACUACAAGUCCUCAAAAGCCACAGGACACAUUCAGGUUCUCAUUAAGACUGAUAACGGCCUUUCAAAAGUGUGGACUGAGUCUGGGAACCCUGGUGAUGAAUGGAGGAAAGCAGAAUUGCACUUGGGGAAGUUGAGGAAUUUUGAAGUCAUAUUUGAAGGCAUUCGUGCCAAAGACCUAGGUGGAGGAGCAGCAAUAGAUGAUAUCGAGUUCAAGAAUUGCACCACAAUUGGAGAGAGUCCUAGGGAAUGCCCAGCAGUCACUGAUUUUAUGUGUUGGAAUAAGAACUGCAUUGAGUCUCACCUUGUUUGCGACUACAAACCAGACUGCAAGGACCUAUCAGAUGAAGCUGAUUGCAGCCAAUAUACCAGUAUCCCUGGAAGCUGUAACUUUGAAACAGGAGACCAAGAUUGGACUAUUGCAUGUGGAUUAAAACAAGAUUCUAUCAAUGAUUUUGAUUGGAGUAUUGGCAACAGGGUUGUCACAGGGCAAAGUGGUCCUGAUGGUGACCACACACCAGGUAAUGGACAACACUUUUUGUAUGUCAACUCAUCUGCCCAGCAGGAAGGAAAUAGAGCAAGGAUAAUUACUACAAAACUCUUCCCAGCAAGUCUCGGAGUGUGUAGAGUCCGGUUCUGGUUCUGGCUGUGUGAUUCCAGGCAAACAGGAACUUUAAAGGUGUACACUGUUGAAGAACAUGGAAUGCAUAUUCUGAUGUGGUCUUCAAGUGGAAAUAAAGGAAGCAGGUGGACAUAUGCAAAUGUGGUUCUCUCUAGCAACAGUCCUUUCAGAGUCACAUUUGAAGCUGAAGUGGGAGGGAAUGAACUCACAGAAGUUGCUCUUGAUGAUAUUUCUUUCACCCUGGAAUGUAUGGAUGCAGGAACAGCCAAACCACAACCUCCAACGUGCAGAGCUGACCAGUUCACUUGUGUGUAUGUACAGCAGUGUCUACCUCUUGCUGUAAAAUGUAAUGGGGUAGAGGAUUGUAUGGAUGGAACUGAUGAAAUUAAUUGUCCUACUGAGAUUCCUACCACUGCUUCUCCAUGGCUUUGCAAGGAAACAGAGUUCCUGUGUACUAAUAAAGGUUGUAUCCCAUCACUCUUGAGAUGUGACGGUGUGCCUGACUGCCAGUUUAAUGAAGAUGAAACUGACUGUCCCACAAAGGACUGCUUCAAUGGUUCUGUGUUGUGUGCAUCAACUAAUACAUGUAUUCCAGUCUCCAAGCGCUGUGAUGGUAUUGCAGACUGCUUUGAUUUCAGUCUUGAUGAAUCCAGCUGUUCAGGUUGUCCAGAAGGAUAUUGCAAAAAUGGAGGAACUUGUAUCAUCAAAGACGCUGUUCCUUUAUGCCAAUGUGGAAAAGAAUGGCAAGGAAAUCGUUGCCACAUCAAGGUUAAUCCUCCCCCAACUUCAGUUUCCAUUCUCCUUCAAAAUGAUAUUUGGACUGGCUUGGGUGUUGCAUUAGCUUUCCUACUGAUCAAAAUCACAGUCGCUGUGUUGUAUUUCCUUUGGAAGAAGAAAGUGCCAAGAACGAACCUGGAGGAAAUCCAUAAUACUGCAUUCGCUAACCCAUUGUACGAGGAUCAUAGCUCACCUGGAGAAGUAAAGAAUGCUUCCAGUAAAGAUACAAGUGCCCCUUCCUUUGCCAAUCCUCUUUAUGGCAAAGCAACAGAAAACAUGGAGAACUUGUGUAAUUUCUUCAAAGUAGACAUACAAUAG